UGACUGGUAAUCAUUUUAGUGCAAAUGGACACACCCCCGUUUGGUAACGCAUGACGACAGAAAAGACAAGUCUGGUUCCCUAAUAUCCAUUAUUAUUCCCAGUCUCAGACCUGCGCGUGCUAUCCUACGUACUCGCUACACUUCUCGUCAAUAUGCCCAUCAAGAUUGGAGAAUCUUUGCCCGCUGUGGAGGUGCAGGAGGGCGACCCAGGGAACAAGGUGUCCAUGGACCAGCUGUUCAAGGGGAAGAAGGGGGUUCUUUUUGCUGUGCCCGGAGCCUUCACCCCUGGGUGCUCCAAGACACACCUGCCCGGGUUUGUGGAGCAGGCGGUGGAGCUGAGGAGCAAGGGGGUGGAGGAGGUGGCCUGCAUCGCCGUCAACGAUGCCUUCGUGAUGGCUGCCUGGGGCAAGGAGCACGGCGCAGGGGGCAAGGUGCGGAUGCUGGCUGAUCCUACUGGAGCUUUCACUAAGGCAGUUGAUCUGUUACUAGACAAUGAUAAGAUCGUGCAAGUGCUGGGCAACCAAAGGUCCAAGAGGUAUGCAAUGGUGGUGGAGGAUGGUGUGGUGAAAAAGAUCAAUGUAGAACCGGACGGAACUGGCCUGACCUGCAGCCUGGCCUCCAGCAUUAUGUCUGAGCUGGUCUAAACCAGUUCAGUCUGCUUUACACUCCAGAACCUGUUCAUAUCAGAGCCCCACCCGCCUGUUACACUUGACCAAUCCUGGUCCCAGCACGAGACAUUAAUGUGGUCACCAAUUUUUAUUACUGUGUGAAAUAUCACCCUUCAUCACAGGAAGGAAUUUUGGCCACAAGAUUGCAUAAGGACAUGUCUGCAGUUUUGUAAUGGUGAGAUGAUUACGCACUGCAGGGAAUUUAAGUAAUUAAAUCACGGUUAAAUCAUCCUUUUGUACUCUUCUGGACCAGGUUUGGCUACGUCCUAAACUAAGCAUUCACAGUUUUAGAUCAGAGUAUUAUUGUUCUAGUAUAAUUAGGGUACACAGUCUCAUAGCAGAACGCAGAAUGUGAUUGCAGAACUGAAAUUGUUUUUUGAGAAAUAUGAAUAAACUGGGCUGGAAUGGAAUUAUGCUGUUAUACUUAAAGGUCAAUAAAAUUACUGCAGUAAA